GCGGCGCGCGGAAAGGCCGGCCGAUCUGCGCGACCGCACUGCUCCACCACACCUGCAGCAGCUAGCGUCCGGCGCCACGAGCUCGCGCCACCAUUCCAAACCCCACUGACCCGCGCGGCGCGUCGUCGUGUCGCGCCCCCGCGUCCCUAUAAAUACCGGCCGGCAACCCCCGCCAUCUCCGCAUCGAUCCAUCCCUCACCAGCAGAGCUAGCUGAAGCGCGUCCUCGACUGACUCGUCUCCGCCGUGAGGCAGGCACAUUUGUAAUAGCUAGCACCGGCCGGCCUCGGUUCGAUCUCGCGGCGGUGUGGGAGCACGAGCACCAGACGAUGGCGCGCACGAAGGCCGUCGUCGUCCUCGGCGUCGUAGCGGUGGUGGCGGCGGCGUUGGUAGCCGCGGCUGAGGGCCGCCACAUCGCGCGGAAGGACCUGGGCGUCAGCCUCGGCGGCGGCGGGGGGCUGGGGGUCGGCGGCGGCGGGGGGCUGGGGGUCGGCGGCGGCGGCGGUCUCGGCAUAGGCUCGGGGAUCGGCAUUGGCAUUGGCGGCGGCGGCGGCGGCUCGGGGUCCGCGUCCGGGUCUGGGUCUGGGUCCUACUCCGGCUCCGGCUCGGGGUCGGGCUCCGGCUCGGGGUCCUGGUCCGGGUCAAGCUCGGGCUCGAAUGCGGGGUCCGGUGGCGCGGGGUCGUACGCGGGCUCCCACGCCGGCUCGUCCGCAGGCUCCAACGGCGGAGGUGCCGGCUCAUACGCAGGGUCCAACGCUGGCUCUAACGGUGGAGGAGCCGGCUCGUAUGCGGGCUCCAACGCCGGCUCCUACGCUGGCUCUAACGGCGGGGGCGCGGGCUCGUACGCGGGCUCCGACGCCGGCUCGUACGCGGGCUCCGGCGCCGGGCCGCACUGGGGCCCUGGUGCUGGCUCGUAUGCUGGCUCAAACGCCGGCUCGUACGCUGGGUCCAACGGCGGAGGAGCGGGCUCGUACGCGGGCUCCGAUGCUGGCUCGUACGCUGGGUCUGGUGCUGGCCCGUACGGGGGCGCUGGCGCCGGCUCCUACGCAGGUUCUCGAGCCGGCUCCUACGCUGGCAAUGGGCACGGCAAGUGAGCCGUGAACGAGCUUAGAUACCGUGCCGAUACAGUGAUGCUUGCUUGCUUGUUCGUCUACGUGUCUUGUUUGCAGCACUGAUUAUUUGUGAUCACGAGUAAAUCCAUUAUGUGUGUACCCAUGAAUAAGUCUAGAGAUGACGGCUGAUGAAUAAGCAAGCUCCUGAUGUAAACAUUUAUAUGAAUCAAUUAUUCAGUAUGUACACUAUUGUU